CGAUGUCUACGCCGAUCGCUUGCGCAGUGCCUCUCGAAGUCGAUCACACCUACAUUCAUUUGAAGAGAGAGUGCUGAAGAAAGAGAGAAAACAGAAGAACAGGAGAAGAAAGAGGAAAGAGAGAAGAACGAGGGAUUUUAACUCGCUUCUGCCAGGUUUAAUGUGAAGCCGCAGUCAGUGUUUGAUGUUUAAUGACAGUUCAGCUGUUGAGUGCUGACAGGCGCUGUGCUAAAGGCUAACGGCUGGUUAUCUUUCCCAAAGAACUUUUUACACGUUAACACUUUUUCUUGUUUUUUGAGUUUUUUAACAUGGGUCUGACUAUCUCAAGCGUCUUUUCUCGCCUCUUUGGAAAGAAACAGAUGAGAAUCCUCAUGGUUGGUCUGGAUGCUGCUGGAAAAACAACAAUUCUGUACAAACUCAAACUGGGAGAAAUAGUCACAACCAUUCCAACUAUUGGUUUUAACGUUGAGACGGUCGAGUACAAGAACAUCAGCUUCACCGUGUGGGAUGUGGGUGGCCAGGAUAAGAUCAGACCUCUGUGGAGACACUACUUUCAGAAUACACAGGGUCUGAUCUUUGUUGUGGACAGUAAUGAUCGUGAGCGAGCACAGGAAUCUGCUGAGGAGCUUCAGAAGAUGCUCCAGGAGGAUGAGCUGAGAGAUGCUGUUCUCCUGGUGUUUGCCAACAAACAGGAUCUACCCAACGCCAUGCCCAUCAGUGAGUUGACCGACAAACUCGGCCUGCAGACUCUCAGGAGCAGAACUUGGUAUGUCCAGGCGACCUGUGCGACUCAAGGAACAGGUUUAUACGAGGGAUUAGACUGGCUGUCUGAGCAGCUCUCCAAAAACUAACCCGCCAGUUCUGUUCAUCCAGGAAUCAUUUUACCAAAGGACAUGAUUUACUAGUAGUUACCAAAAAUUCACCUGCUGAUCUCAGCAUUGGCAAUUCCCAAUAACGUCUCAUUCCUUUUUUGUAUUUUGCUUGACUGACAUUUUUUCUGCUUUAUUUCUUACAUUGUCAUUCCAUUAGAUGUGUGUAGUAGCCAUAAAGUCUUUAUUUCUGACCACACAUAUGGAACAAUACAUAAGGUUUAAAGAGCUCUUUAUCAGGUUUAAUGUUACUGUUAGUCUAGUACAGUACACACUAGAAUAAACAGCUUGUAGUUUUUAAAUGACGACACAUAUGAAUAUUUAUAUAUUUUUUCCUUAAUUUGUUACUCUUUGCCAUUCCAAACAUCUAGUUCGCUGCCGUGAUGGCAUGCUUCACGUCAAGCAAAGAGUUCUUCCAAUAUUAAGUAAUAAAUCAAUGUGGUCACGAGCUAACAAGCGUAUAGAUUAUUUUUGUAAAUAAGAAGCCUUGAUGCAUGUAAUCACGAUUCGCCUUAACUGAACUGUGCUUUACAAUGUGAUGCACAUGUCAAAUCUGCUUUAUUUUGUAAAAAUAAGACAUGUCAAUUUGAUGUUUAUUCUCCCAUGUGUUAGAACUUUGAGAAAACCAGUGCCAGCUGUUUCCACUUCAACUGUAUCAAUAAACCUUUCAAAUAAAAGUCUGAAAUAAA